CGCCCCACCAUCGUGCCGUACAGACGUCUGGAGAGCGUUACAGCUGCCGCUACAGCCGCCGCGCUUACGGAGUGCGCGAAGCCCGUCGUGAAGAGACGCGAGACCGCGCAUCGACGCCGUUGUCGUCGUUUCCCCGUGUCUGGCCGGUCGGCCGCUAACCUAAAAAUCGCCGAGACGCCGUCAACCGGCGUGGGCCUGUCCGGCGUCUAAAGUGGUGCGUCGCCGGUGGUGCCCCUCGUCGACGAACGAUCCUUUGUUUGGCGCGCGCGUGCCUGCCGACGUCUGGCGUCGAGAUUUUGAGGAACGUGAUCGUACGAGGAGUGUUCUUCUUCUCUGAUACGUGAUAUUCUAGUAUUGUGCUCCCCCGUAAAGGAUCUCGUUUACUUAUCCUACUGUGACCUUGAACUUGUGAGUGUGUGUGCGCGUCUAUUCCACGGCCGAUCGCCCUCUCCUCGAGACGACAGCGAGGGUGGGAGAACGAGGGAGAAGAAGAGGGAGAGAGAGAGAGAGAGAGAGAGACUCGGGUGCGACGUCGGGAUCCUGGAUGUGAACAAGGAUGUUUUCCUACGCAACCUUCCCAGUGGGCGCCGGCAUGGAGGCGACGAAUGGCGCGAUCGAGCACGACUUCCACAACACGCUGGUGCCGAUAAACGGUAGCCAUUCGGGCAGCUCCGGCAGGAGUACGCCGAACGGCGGCGACCCGGCGCCGGGCAAGCUCUUCGUGGGCGGCCUCUCUUGGCAGACGAGCAGCGAGAAGCUGCGGGAGUACUUUGGCAUGUUUGGCACCGUCACCGACGUUCUCAUCAUGAAGGAUCCGGUCACACAGCGUAGCCGCGGUUUCGGCUUCAUCACGUUCGCCGAGCCCGGCAGCGUCGACAAAGUCCUCAAGUGUCCUAUCCACACCCUGGAUGGCAAGAAGAUCGAUCCGAAGCACGCGACGCCGAAGAACCGCGCGAAACAGGCCAAUCGCACCAAGAAGAUCUUCGUGGGCGGUGUCAGUCAGGACACGAGCAGCGACGAGGUCAAGGCCUACUUCAAUCAAUUCGGCAAAGUGGAGGAGACGGUGAUGCUGAUGGAUCAGCAGACUAAGCGCCACCGCGGCUUCGGCUUCGUGACGUUCGAGAACGAGGACGUCGUCGACCGCGUGUGCGAGAUACACUUUCACACCAUCAAGAACAAGAAGGUCGAGUGCAAGAAGGCGCAGCCCAAGGAGGCGGUGCAACCGGGCGCGCUUGCCCUCGGCAAACGGGUGGUUCUGGGUGCCCUCGGCGUGCGGCUCGCGCCGCAACCGCCGUUGCCGGUCGCUGCGGCCGCCUCGCAGCUGGUGGCCGCGCAGGCGCAGGCCGCGCAGGUGCAGGCGGCCGCAGCUGCGGCAGCGGCGGCGCAGGUGCAAAACGCGGUAGCGGGUUACGGCAAACUAUUCGCCGCCACCGGCGGUUAUCCGGCCCUCUCGGCGUAUCGAUACGCGCCGUAUCCGAUACCGGCCGCGGUAGCGGCGGCCGCGGCCGCUGCGGCGCCGACCGCACAAGCGGCACCGGGACCGACACACGGUGCGGCCGCGGCCGCGGCCGCAGCAGCGGCAGCAGCGACGUCACCGGCCGCCGCCGCGGCGCCCGGCAAUCCCUAUCAGGGCUAUUCGCUCACCAACGUCGACAUGUCGAGCUUCCAGGGCGUCGACUGGGGAUCCGUGUACGGGAUGGGAAUGUACGUUUAAAGAGGAGAGACAUCGACACGACCGCCGCCGCAACCUUGGGAUCCAGCGACGAGGAGAGGAGUUCAUGUUCGUUCUCUCCGAGGUUGAUUGCGGCUCGCGAACCCGCCUUUCGAGAAUCUCUCGAUAUGGGAGAAUUCAAUGUGUCUCUGGAGAAAAAUGACCCACCGCGCUCGCACUGCAAAAAUACGAGAUAAUGAUAAUACUCGACGAAGAUAACUUCCGACUUCAUGCUUCCGAUCGCCAUUUCACCGGUAGUUCUCGCAUCACCGGAAAGCGAUGCUAGUAGAGAUGGGUUCUUCGAUACUUUUGUUACGGAAUGGAAUUACACACAUUCACACAUAUACACAUACACAUACACACACGGAAAAGCGUACAAGCGGAACGGAUCCAAUGAAAAAAGCUGAAAUUUCAAUCGAUUCGUAUUCGAGCGAAGAGCAAAGAUUGUCAAGGGAAUAAACGAUUUCUCCGAUGUGUGGAAAUCCAGCGAAUGAUGAAUAGGAUUAGGCGCGCGAGGCGAAGCUCGAAGGACAAGGAUCAGAGUCAUCCGUGUGUAAUCGUAUAUUCUGUUCGAUUGUUUUCCCAAAUCGAAUAUAUCUUGAACUCAUACUUAAUUUUUAAUUAUAUAAUUUAUUUACGAGCAUCGCAGGAUCGAGGCUAACGAACCUCAUUACAUACGUUAUUAUUUUUUCAAGUCCCCUUCGUCUUUCGUUAUCGCGCUUCAAUUCAUAUCAUUUCUCAUCAUCACAAGUCAUUGCGUUUCAGCAUACGCACUUUGGUUCCUAUUUAGAUUAAUGCGUACGCAUUAUAUAGACUUGGACGAAUCGCGCUUCAUCUACGUCGCCGCGCCCGUUACGUUAAUCACCGCGAUUAAUUAACGCGAUCCAUUAGCGACGUUCACGAUAGUCUCUUAGUUUCCUACUUGUUCCCGCAACGGUCGUUUCCUCGGCCACGAAGCAAUAAAAGGAGAAAAACCGAGAGGCGGUGAACGACGCGAAACGAUUUACUCCGCCACGCAAAGUUCGAGACAAAAAAUUCGCUCGUUUUCCCUCCCUAUUUCCGUUCUUCUUGCCUCUCGUUAUAUCCACUUUUUUUUUACAUAUACAUUUUCUCACGUCUUAAUGAUGAUGAUAUAUGUAUUAUACAUAUUCCGCCAAAAUACAUUGUCGAGUUGCCUUCGCCAGAGACCAGCGGAAGUACGAAUGCGGAAGUAUGGAUAAGAUAUUAAUCGAAUCAGAAAAUAAACAGACCGAUUUUCCGAAUAUCGAAUAUAUUUCGCUCCCGUAUCGGAAUCUUUAAAGUAAAAUACACAAUCGCUCGGACUCUCUUUUCUCGAAUCGAUAGCGAAAGACUAAUGUUAGAAAGACUAGAUUCGCGUCAAGUGCCAAACGAACGUACGGAAGGGAGGCAUUUAACUUUCUCGCGUCUUUUUCCGAUGUCCGAGCGACGAUGAGAUGCGACGACGACAACGACUCGACGACGGACUCCUUCACGAUCCUCUUCGUCGCAUCGUGCUUCUCGUGGUUUUCUCGGCGGUCUCUCGCUUUCCCAGAGGCAACAGGUCACAACACAUACAAUCCAUUUUGCGCGAGCGAGCAGACUCUCUCGAGAUUACAUAUGCAUGAGCAACAACACGAGAGGGACACGUAUAUAACUAUGUAUAAUGUAUAGAUACAUAUACACACGUAUAUAUACAUACAUAUA